AUGGAUGGAGUCUCCACGUCGUGGGCGUCAGCGUCUUCCCCAAGCGCCGGUGUCGCCUCCGACCUGUCGUUCGUGCAGCCAAAGAGUCCAUCUCAGCACCCGAGUGAGAGCUUUGUCGAGUCGCAGCAGUGCAGCGCCGACCCAAAUGCUUUUCUCGGCUAUCACGUGUCCCCUAACACUGACAACAUCGCGGCUACGGGUCGUACGAACACUGCAGCAGCACAGAAACAAGACAAAUGCUCGCUGAAGCUCGUGCUGGACAUGGACGUGGCGGCUAAUGAUGACGCCACGCGAGACGAUGGCAGCUGUCGACGUGUUCGGCGUUCGUCGAGUGUCGAUGCACUUAGUGACGACUUGUUUGCCGCCGAUACGCAGGUGGAUGAGGACGUGGUGAGCGUCUCUGUUUUAGUAGCUGCAGGCGAGCAGAAGGUGCAGAGUGGCGGUCGUCGUGAUGACGAGUUGUUGGCGUGCACUAAGGACCAGAGAUGGGUGAGCUCACCCGUAAUGUCUACAGAGAUUGCACGACAAACUCAAAAUCAAAACGUGGCCGAGGGUUGUGAGCGAGUGCCGGGUCAGCAGCUUGAACAGCAGAGUCGAGAGAAGGAGCAGCAGUGUGUUGUGGACGACGCAAUACAGGUGUGUUCGCGGUACAGCGAUCCUUUGUCAUCGAGAAAGACUUUUCAGACUGCGCUUGCAUCGAAUGAUGCGGUUGUGCGUCAAUCGGGAGAGAAUACCGUGGCGGCUGGGAGUUUGGAGGAGACUGAAGAGAGUGUCGUUGCUCGAGGUAGUUUUCGAGAGGCGGAUGGCGACGAUGAGAUGGACUGCACACAGCCACUGGAAGAGGCAUAUGUUGAUGCGGAAGAAACUCGAAACCAUGCAGCAUGUUCCAAUGUGGAGACGGAAGUGCACACACUAUCAAGACCUGCAGCAUUGCUUGAUGGCGCAGAAUUCGCUUUUCAUGAGAAAGUGCUGCCUGAAAAGACAAGCGGCGAGCGAAGAGAGGCUACAGAUUGUGCUCGCAGUCAAGAACGCUUAGCCAAUAUCAUCGUGCCUGAUCAAUUGACUGGGCAGCGGAGUGUUGAAAGUAAGGUGACCAGCCGAGUAGGAGUGCAAGCUAUGCUGCUAGAGCGUUCAACGCCAGUAGUCAGCUUUGGUCAAUCUGAGCCAAGCGAUGUAUCAGUCGUUGUCGGCGGGGCGUGGGGAACUGUGGAGCUGGAGUCGAAGGUGCUCGAAAAUGAAGGUGAUGAAGACGAGUGUAUGCCCACGCAGCCUAGCAGCAUUCAGACUGGCGAUGACUCCGUAAGCGAACGUGGCUUUGCUUCUCCACAAGAUGUGGAGGAGAUUGACGAGCCAGUGACAAGAGAGCAUAUUGCCGGGACCGAUCAUCAUGCCAAAGCUAUUCGCAGCCUUCAAUUCUCCGGUUCUAUGCCUAGCUCACAGGAAGGCGAGCAUCAUUUGAGCGCGAGUCUGUGUGGUGAAGGUACACUUGUGGCUGAGAGGCUUGAAGUCCUAUCUGGAAGUGACAAGCCCCGCAUUUUUCAGUCAUCCGCUAGCCCAAUAUAUCAGCCAGCAUCUACGCCUACACCAACGGACGAAGUCACUGCCCCUGAUGUUGCUGUCGCCAGUCAAGCGAGCUCCAACGGUAUGUCCUCGUCGACGUCUGAUUUAUCGAGUGGCAUGGAAAAACUGGAAUGCUUGGUACAAGUUGUCGAUCAUUCGAGCCAGAACACGUUCACUCCGGUAAUGAAGAAACGAAAGCGCGGCAUUUCCUCUUCUCCUGGCAACGGGCCGUUGACCGAGAAUGGUCGCAGCGAUCCACGGACUCCACAGUCUCUUGCACGACGUUGUACUCGAUCGACGCAGUCGACGCCAUCGUCGACUCCGAAAGCCCGGACACGGACACGAGUUUUGUCGCCAGUACCCUCUCAACGUGUAUAUGCGUCACGAUCUCGAACUCUCUUCAAGUACAAAUUUGAGUUUUGUUUGACAGGCUUCGUGAAGAGCGGUGAAGAGAAUUUGAAAGAGCUGAUUGAAGGGCACGGAGGUAGAAUCCCAGAGCGCUACCAGGACGUCCUGUUCAAAGGCAACCUGAGGGCGGUGGUCAUCGCUACACCUGUAUCGUGGCGCAAGCGCAAGUUUAUGCAAGCCGUUGCCUGUGGGAUCCCUGUUGUCCAUACGGAUUGGAUCAAGGAUUGCAUCGAAAAAGGAUGUGUGAUACCAUUUGAUGGGUACCAAGUUCCGACAGGCUAUUCUGUGACUACUCGCAAAUUCGAGUGUUUGCCCCCUAGACACCUUUACAUCUUCGAAGGCUAUAAUUUUGGUAUUGCCAGCGAUGUUGCGCAACUAUCUAAAUCGGAGGCGAAAGACAAGAUGAAUCUGAUAGCAUUUAUUCUGAAGGCUUGUGGCGCAAAAGCUGUCUACGAGAAUUUGACCGCCAAAGACACCAGCGACAUAGAUGUGGUAUUGUGCGACGAGUAUACACCGACGUGUCGAUAUUAUAAGAAAACGAAAGGUGUCCCAGUCAAAGGCUUCCAAUGGGUGACCGAGUGCGUGAUCCUCCAGCGACUUGUGGAUCCACGAAAGCCCUUCUUUGAGCCACUCCGCGUCGGUAGAGGAGAAUUGUUUGCCGCAAGCACCGAGAUCGGCGACAGCGACAACACCACGCUAAAGCUGUACACGGGGGAGCUGGUCUUGGCGGAUAUCGCGUGCAGCACAGCUGAUCACUACCUCCUUUUUUCGGUCUGUGAGAUUCUCAGCAUCUACGUAAUCGACUGCAGCGAUGUGGACUCGCAGUCAAGGCGGAAGGAUUGCAAUGAAGGUCGCAUCAUGCUUCGUGUGGGCAUGCUGAAACGUGAGCCAUACGACCCUGAACUUUCGAAGACUCCCGUAAAAGUGCUGGACAUAUCAUCGUCUCAGGUAAAGAGGAGGGUGGUGGCGAUAUCGAAGGAGCACUACAGCCAGCUGAAGUACAAAGAUGAGAGUAUCUUUUACUUGGAGAAUGGAGGUAGCCCAACAAGUUCGCCGUGCCGGAGCACAAGUAGCUAA